UGGUGCUUAAGCGCGGGGCGUGUAUCUCGUACUCUGGAUUAGCUGUUGGUUGGACGCAGUGAAUUAACUGGUUGGAUAUCGCCCAUAUCGCUGAACCUUAAUCCAAAUUUUGUGCUACUUCUGAAGUGAGUGUACGCAACAAACUAUUUGUUCGAGAAAAAAGCGCAUAAAUUCAAAAGCAAAAUAUAUAUUUUUUAAACACUAAAAAAUUCUUGUUUGGAAUUGAAAAGAAAACUGCAAAAUAUUGUGUUGUGCCAAAAAAAUAUUCACGAUGUAUAAGAAAAUGUCGGUCAAGUGGAAAUUGUUUAAUGGAUUACAAGUGUCAGCUGUUCUGUUGGCGCUGAUUGCACUUAACACGGAUAUACAAACAGUGCAGGCGGUACGUGUGAGCGGACAACGCGGCAAAGAUCAAGCGACUGCCGGCUCGCUGUUCACACCACGCAUCGCGACCACAUCACCAUUGGAGUCACCAUUCUUCUCAGCCACACAUGGCGUCGUACAGACACAUCCCUCAUUGGGCGCCAGCAUACCCAGUCCACUGCCUUUGAAUGGCAAUAGUUUGGGUAGCGGUGGCGGUCUGUCCAAUACGCUCAGUGUUGGCAGUGGUUAUCUGAAUUCGCGUGGCAAUUUGCCAAAAUUCAAUACAGCACGGUAUCCGACUAUUGCGAACACAGUAGUCGAUCCAAAUCCACAAUCGCCAUUCCGUCAUUUGGAUUUCUCCACUAGUGCCACCGCCGAAUUAAGGCGCAAUCCGACAUUAUCGGCGCCAGAUGAGUGCGCACGUGCCUGUCGUGAGGGUGAACCACCACGUAUCUGCUACUAUCAUUUCACUAUGGAAUUCUACACCGUGCUGGGCGCCGCUUGUCAGGUGUGCACACCGAAUGCCACCAACACCGUGUGGAGUCACUGUCAAUGCGUGCUUGCCGAUGGUGUUGAACGCGGUAUACUCACCGUGAACCGUAUGAUACCCGGUCCCAGUAUACAGGUGUGCGAGAAUGACAAAGUUGUUAUCGAUGUGGAAAAUCAUAUGGAAGGUAUGGAGACAACAAUACAUUGGCACGGCAUUUGGCAGCGCGGCUCACAGUACUACGACGGUGUGCCAUUCGUGACACAGUGUCCCAUACAGCAAGGCAACACGUUCAGAUAUCAAUGGACUGGUAAUGCCGGUACACACUUUUGGCAUUCUCAUCAUGGUCUGCAGAAAUUGGACGGUAUUUACGGCAGCAUUGUAGUGCGUCAGCCCCCAUCACGUGAUCCCAACUCACAUUUGUACGAUUUCGAUUUGACCACACACAUUAUGUUGAUUAGCGAUUGGUUGCACGAAGAUGCCGCCGAACGUUAUCCCGGUCGUUUGGCCGUCAACACCGGUCAAGAUCCCGAAUCGGUGCUAAUUAACGGCAAGGGACAAUUCCGUGAUCCCAACACCGGUUUCAUGACAAAUACACCACUCGAAAUAUUCACCAUUACACCCGGACGCCGUUAUCGUUUCCGUAUGAUUAACGCUUUCGCAUCCGUGUGCCCGGCUCAAGUGACAAUUGAGGGUCAUACGAUGACAGUGAUUUCCACCGAUGGUGAACCAGUACAACCCGUUGAUGUGAAUACAAUUAUAUCAUUCUCAGGCGAACGCUAUGACUUCAUUAUCAAUGCCAAUCAACCUGUCGGCGCUUACUGGAUACAGGUGCGCGGUCUGGGUGAAUGUGGCAUUCGUCGCGCUCAACAGUUGGGCAUUUUGCGUUAUGCGCGCGGCCCCUAUCAACCAGCAUCGGCUCCGCCAACCUACGAUGUCGGCAUACCACAGGGUGUGGUCAUGAAUCCGCUGGACGCACAAUGUAAUGCGCCUAGAAAUGAUGCCGUGUGUGUGAGUCAACUGAAGAGUGCUUUGGAAAUCGAUCGUGGUCUCUUGGCGGAGAAACCAGAUGUGAAGAUCUUCUUGCCAUUCCGUUUCUACGUUUAUCGUCCAGAAGAACUGUUCCAGCCCAACACUUACAAUCGUUAUUUGGUUGCGCCCACUGGCGAUCACGUCAUCUCACUGAUCGACGAGAUCUCGUACUUGUCACCACCAGCGCCACUCACUUCACAGUUCCAUGAAAUCAAUCCCGAACAGUUUUGUAACGGUGAUAAUCGUCCGGCAAAUUGCGGCCCCAAUUGCAUGUGCACGCACAAAAUCGAUAUACCGCUGAAUGCGAUCGUGGAAAUGGUGCUGGUUGAUGAAGUUCAACAACCCAACUUGUCACAUCCAUUCCAUUUGCACGGCUACAGUUACAGUGUCAUUGGUAUUGGACGCUCGCCGGACACCAGUGUUAAGAAGAUUAACUUGAAACACGCCCUGGACUUGGAUCGACGCGGUCUGCUGCACCGUCAAUACAAUUUGCCACCACAAAAGGACACAAUACCAGUGCCAAAUAAUGGUUAUGUUGUAUUGCGUUUCAGAGCGGAUAAUCCCGGUUUCUGGUUCUUCCAUUGUCACUUCCUCUUCCACAUAACGAUCGGCAUGAAUCUCGUUUUGCAGGUCGGCACGAACGCCGAUUUGCCACCAGUGCCACCAGGCUUCCCCACGUGUGGUGAUCACAAGGCGCCCAUACCCAUUAAUUAAACAUAACAUAACCUAAAUGGUGCCAAAUUCUUUCUAGACUUCAUCUAGCGUAUAGAAAGUGAAAGAAAAUAAAAUUUAGUAAAAAAUAUUAAUAUAAACAAGCCACAAAAGAUGAUACCUUAUAAUAUUGUAAUAAAAAUAAAUGUGCUUUGUACAAAUAAAAAGAGCCACGAAGCGUAAAGCGAAAAGAGCACAGAAUUCCAAUAAAAAUAA